GAAGUGGGGGCCGUGCCCUAACCACCACUGCCGACACCACCGCAGAGUUUCUGAACAAAACUCGCUAACAAAACAGCAAGUGCUCGAACUGUUAACGGACAAAACGAUAUAAGGAAGAGUUUCCUCGCUUGUGAGUUUUUUUUUCCAGUAACAUUCGUUAUUCCCUCUUUUCUUUUCUUUUUUUUUCUGCCGUCAAAAGCAACGUUUUGAUCAAUUUUAGAGGUUUCCUGUUUUUUCCUGUCCUAGAAUCGGUUUGCAUCCUUCACUAUGAGUGUGAUUAAUCCUGAAAUUAAAAAGGCUAUGAAGUCAAUUGACAGCUGUGGCAUUGAGACGCCUGUAGACGUUUUGGUGAAUGCCCUCCGCUGUGUUUUGGAAGGUAAAACAACCGAAGCAGAAUCUGCUGCAUUUCUUGUUGCCUUGCGACUGAGCCGGUUGGAAGACCGGCCCCAGGUGCUGAUGGAAUUCAUCAAGUUGGUCAAGUCGUAUGCCUUGAGUAUCGAAGGUAUGGACCAGUCUUCUUACAAAUACGUUGACAUUGUUGGUACCGGUGGAGACGGUCAAAACACAUUCAACGUCAGCACAACUGCGGCCAUCGUUGCAGCCGGUGCCGGUCUCCAUGUAUGUAAGCAUGGAAACAAGGCGUCGACGUCGUCAAGUGGCUCUGCGGAUCUUCUUAUGUCAUUUGGAUGUGCUUUACAAAACGUUACCCCAAAAACCUUGUGCAAAAUCAGCGACUCAACUCGCUUUAUGUUCCUUUUUGCUCCUUACUGUCAUCCCAGCAUGAAGUAUGUUGCCAACGUGCGUCGUCUCAUUGGUGUACCGACCGUUUUUAACUUGAUGGGUCCGUUGUUGAACCCUGUGCCAACUUUUGCUCGCAUCAUUGGCGUCAGCAGACCAUCGUUGGGUAUGGUGUUUGCAGAGGCUUUGCAACUGUUGGGUGCCGACAACUCCAUGGUUGUGUGUGGUGCAGAAGGACUGGAUGAGAUUUCUCCUGCCGGUCUUUCGUACGCAUGGAUUGUCAAGGACGGUGUCAUCCGUCAAGAAAAACUGACCCCGGAGCAAUUCGGUUUGCCCGUGCACCCCUUGUCGAGUGUUGCUAGUGGUACGCCUGAUGAGAAUGCUGCCCUUCUUAAGCAACUUCUCACCAAUCAACUUCCCGAGUCUCAUCCUGUGCUUGACUAUGUGUUGCUCAAUGCCUCCGCUCUUUUGACGUUGGCCGGUGUAGCUACUGACUAUGUUCAUGGCGUCGAAGUUGCCCGUGAAAGUAUCCGUUCUGGCAAGGCUUUACAAGAGCUGACAGCUUUUGCCGAGACCAGUCAGAAGUUUGGUCAGUGAGGAACUAAGUGGGGUCUUUGGUAACAGUGCUGCUUAUGUCGAUGGUAUACUCAACAGUCGUUUCCGUAUCUACUCCGUUUUCCAUUUUCUUCAUUGCGUUCGCGUCUUGUUCCAUUUCAUCCGAUCCCAUCCUAGCCAUUUCUUUUUCGUCUUCAUUUUUGUCUCAGUCUCAGUCUCCUUUUCCCGUAUCUUGUUUUUCGACUUUUCUCUUUCGUCCCCCCUCGACUCUUUCCAUAUCUAUUCUAUUGAAAGCUUCACUCCACCGGUUCAUCAUCACACACACUGCACCCGACAAAUGGAUAAAACACUAGGUUCGCCCAUUUCGUUCCCCAAUCUCCUUCCAGUAAACAUCCGCUAGCGUCGUCCAGCUUCAGUGUUUCCAGCACUAAUAUUUCGUGCUUUUUUCGCACGUUUGUUGCGCAUCUUCCUACGCCCAUGAGCACGUCCAAUCUGUUGGUUUCCACUCUGCUUGGACUGAGCGCCUAGCGGGACCGGGCCCGCUACUGGUCCCCAUUGCUGCCGCCCCGACGCCGCAUCGUACGCUUGUCCCGGUGUUGAUUUGUACUCGGGCUCACCAGCAUCUCGCCGGAUUGCGAAUUUGCUUCUCCUUCUUCCAAACAGCUGGCACCUGCUUGUCCCUUCCCGCUUUGAUUUGCUUUCGCUUAUACCCGGUUUGCGAUAUCCAAUGACGUCCGCACCCUUCUCCGCAAAAUCUUAAAUGCGCAGAAGAUGCUGAUGUCAUUGCUAUGACGUCAGUGAAAGAUAUAUAAGGCAUCCGGCGCGCUGCUAGAAAUCAUCAAAUUCAAACAGCAA